AAUUGGGUAAAACGGAUAGGCGUUCUUAUCGAGCGAUUGUAUAUGAUUGGUUAGAUGUAAGUGAUCUGUAAGUAACAACUAAUUACUCGGCGGACAGACUAGCCGCUUUGUCAAUUGGGCGAGUUCAAGACGUCAAAGCGACUAGGCAUGCUUAUCGAGUGAAUAUAAUUGGUUAAAUCUUGUGGUAUUGAAUAUAAUUGGUUAAAUCUUUAAGUAACAACCAAUGCAAUUAAAUAACAAUGCAUGCUGCAUUAUUUAUCUUUUUUAUUCACCGAAUAUUAAACAAGGAUAAAUGAUGCACGAUUUCAUGCAUGAAACGGAACGCAGCCUAUAUUUAUUUGCUUCGCGAGCAGGCUAACUUAGGUUGUUUCCUAUCUUGAUACCUGUAUUUCUUGCCAUAUUGCAGCGCAUGCGCGCAAUAAUCAAGAACAAAUAAUGGAGAGCAAACUAUUGGAGACUGAUCGGCUUUUUGUUUGGUUAAAUUCGUCAUUUGCGACUGUUUGCGAUCUUGCGAGAUCCAGUUCAUCCAGUCCAAUUUAAGUCCAGAGUCAGCUAGCUAGAGCAAGUUAGAGCGUUCACUCCAUAUUUCCAGCCUCUUUCAUUCGAAUUAUUCAGAUUGGAUUCUUUCCGAGUGUGGACGAUGUAGAGGGCCCGUUCUUACCUGCGUAGCAUAAACAAGAAAAAUCGUGAAAUUCGCAAGCAUUUCGAGAAACAAGUGAGAUUUAAUCAAGUAACAAUGUUCAAUCAAAGCAACUCGUUGAGGACAGGAACAUCGAAUACAUCGAAUCCGAUGCAAGACUUCGAAGUUGUCUCACCGCCGGACGACUCGGUCUCGAGCCUGGCGUUUAGUCCGGCGUCCAUACAACAAAACUUUUUAGUGGCCGGCUCCUGGGAUUGUAAUGUUCGUUGCUGGGAGGUAGAGCAAUCGGGCAAGACUGUUCCAAAAUCCAUGCAGAGUAUGGCAGCGCCAGUCUUAGCUGUAUGCUGGAGUGAUGAUGGAACCAAAGUAUUCAUGGCAGGUUGUGACAAGACAGCAAAGUGCUGGGAUUUGGCUACAAAUCAGAGCGUACAAGUGGCAGCUCAUGAUGCGCCUAUUAGAACAUGUCACUGGAUAAAGGCGUCUUCAUAUUCCUGUUUAAUGACUGGUUCCUGGGAUAAGACGCUAAAGUUUUGGGAUCUGCGCAGUCCUAAACCUGGAUUGAUCAUCAAUCUGCCUGAAAGAUGCUAUUGUUCGGAUGUUGACUAUCCUAUGGCGGUUGUGGGAACAGCUGGACGUGGUUUAAUAGUUUAUCAUCUGGAGACCACUCCACGUGAAUUUAAACCCGUCGAGUUGAGCCUAAAGUAUCAGUACCGUUGUGUGGCGAUCUUUAGGGACAAGAAAAAAGUGCCAACCGGUUUCGCAAUAGGAAGCACAGAAGGACGUGUUGCGAUUCAUCAUCUGAAUCUCAGUACAAAGGAGAACUUUACGUUUAAGUGCCACAGGACCAAUGGCACACCUAAUGGAUAUCAAGAUAUCUACGCGGUAAACGAUAUAGCAUUCCACCCGGUACAUGGCACCGUAGCGACUGUAGGCGGCGAUGGUACUUUUGGAUUUUGGGAUAAAGAUGCACGUACUAAGCUUAAAUCCUCCGAAACGAUGGAGCAACCCAUCACACGUUGCUGUUUUAAUCACAAUGGGCAGAUAUUCGCCUAUGCUGUUUCUUACGAUUGGUCAAAGGGCCAUGAGUACUAUAAUCCAGCGAAGAAAAAUCAGAUCUUCCUGAGACCAUGUUACGAUGAACUGAAACCGAAGGCUACGCCUUAAGCUGAUGACAUUCGAGCGAAACAGUGUGUGAAUUUAGGUGUAUUACAAGGUGUAUUAUUAUAACAUUCAUAUAUUUUCAUUCAAAAAGUAUACUAUUGAUACUUCCUUUUUACUUACAACUGUUAACAUGCGUGUAAUAUAAAAUACAGUUAAAAUAGUAAUUAUUGGUUUUUUCUUUGUAUAGUGUGACAUAAAGAAUUGAUACUACGAAGUAUGUUUUGACAUAAUA